AUGGCGUCGGCAAUAUCGAAACGCCAACAAGCGCGCAAUGAGCGCAUGCUCCAAGACCUCCUCCGCAACGUCCCCGGCAACGACCGCUGCGCAGACUGCACCGCCAAGAACCCAACCUGGGCGUCAUGGAAUCUAGGUAUGUUCUUAUGCGAGCGCUGCGGCGGCCUGCACCGCAAAUUAGGCACCCACGUCUCCAAAGUGAAGAGUUUGAGCAUGGACAGCUGGAGUGGCGAUCAGGUCGAGCAUAUGAAGAAAGUGGGGAAUGCCGAGGGGAAUCAGCGGUGGAAUCCUAAAGGUGUGCGGCCGGAUAUCCCUGUUGAUGUGGAUGAGGUUGAUGGCGCGAUUGAGAGGUUCAUCCGCCAGAAGUACGAGCAGAGGGCUUUUGUGCCGGGUGGCAUGGGUGCGGCUGCUGCGAGGGCGCCGGUGAGGCAGAAUACGGGGAGUACGGAGACGGGGUCGUGGAGCGAGGAGCCCCCGCCUUUGCCACCUAAGCCGGGCAAGAGGUUUGGAUUCUCCUUGAGGUCGGCGAGUUCGACCCUGCCAAAGGCGAGCAAGCAUGAUCGGAACUUUACGCCACCUCUAUCACCAACCUUUAGCGGGAAUGGGAAUGAUCGGUUUGAUCCGCCGAGUCCGCGGAAUGUCAAGGCUGGUAAUAAGCCGUCUCAGAUGUUUGGGAUGAAGAUUAUGGGCGUGGGAAAUAAUUUCGAUGCCAAGUUGGCGACGUUGAGAGAUAUGGGAUUCAGUGAUAGUAGACAAAACUCAGCGGUGCUGAAAGGUGCCAAUGGGAAUUUGGACAGGGCGGUCGAGACGCUUGUGCGGCAGGGUGAGGACAGUAAGCCUGCUACGCCCGGGCCGAGGAGCUUGACGCCUCUCAGUAUGGGUAGUCAGGGUGCGGCGGGGAUCACGUUUGAGAAGACGAGACAGGCGGAGAAGAAGGCCAAUAGUAAUCCUUGGGAGAUACGCGAGGAAGUGCCGCAGAGAUCGGCUACCCAGCCUGCACCUGAGCCGCCACGAUCACAGUCCGCUCAGCCGCAAUCGAACUCGUGGAAUCCUUUCCUGGCUCAAACGCAGCAGGCUCAACCACAGCAGCUCGUGGAUAGCUUCCAGAACCUGCAAAUGUCGCAAACUGGGCCUGCGCCACAGCAAUAUGCUCAAUCUGCUAUUUACGGACAGCAGGCGCAAAACAACCCCUUUCAGGCCGUCCAGGCGCCAAACCCAUGGGAUACAUCGAACAUGUCUCAGCAAAUACCGCAGCACUCGGCCACGGAUCCGACGUACGGACAACAGUACCAGCAGACACAGCAAUAUCAACAGCAACCAGCACAGCCACUUCGACCUCAACAGACCAGCAAUCCCUUCUUGCGACGAGCGGCGUCUCAGACAUUCGCGCCGAGUAAUCCUUGGGGUCAGAUACCGGCGCAGCCUCAGCAGCACCAAGUGGCGCCUGCUCAGCAGAGUGGUAACCCGUUCGGGCUUCCGCCUCUUCCACAGCAGCAGCAGCAGCAGCAGGUGCAGAAUGUGCUUCAGCAACCCGCAAUGCAGAGUCCGGCGCCUAUAUACGGAGGGCAGGAGUAUUUUGCCGGACAGCAAGCGCAGGCGCAAUCGCCGUGGCAACCCCAGCAGGUGCAGCCGCAGCAGACGGGCGUGAAUCCUUUCUUUCAACAGCAGCAGCCUCAGCAGUCUCAGCAGCAGAUGAUGAUGCCGCAGCAGACGGGCAUGCCACAGCAACACCAGUACCUUCAGCAACCACAGCAGCAGCCCGUAGCUCUUGCACAACAAGCAAUGGAACAACCUUGGACCUAUCACGAAGUCACUCCGCAACCUCAGCAGCGUAUGCAGAUGGAUAAGUCGUCGAUUCUCGGUUUGUAUGGUAUGCAAUCUUCUCUGCCACAGCAACAGCAGUCACUCCAGUCUAUCUCUGAGCAUGGAGGGAUGCAGGCCCCACAGCAGCAGCAGCAGGAGCAGCAGCAACAGCAGGGAUAUCUACCUCAGCAACCGCAGCAGCCGCAACAGCAACAGGCGUUCCAGCAACAGCCACAGCCACAACAGCAGCAGCAAGUACAACGCAGUGUUACAAUGCCCGCCACCAUGCAGCAGCAGCAAGUAAAUGGAGGUAACCCUUUCGGAGCCUUUGGCCAACAGCCACAGCAAGCUUUCCCGCAAGGACCGAGGCAUGUGAGUAAUGAGAGUGCGGCGUUUGUUGGGCUUGGUGGUGGUGGUGGGGUGGAUGGGAGGAAUAGUCCCGAUGCUUUUCGUGGGUUGAGUAGUAUGUAUGCGCGAUGA